AUGAUCCAAACCAUCAACCCUUACUCCACCGCCAGAACGGCCGAGAUCAUGUCCCGCUACCGCCCCAUCGCCCCCAAGCCGGAAACCCCCUCCUCCGCCGCCGACACCGACUCCUCCGCCCUCCCCAACGGCAUCCGCAAAUCCCCCUACUUAAGCAACGUCUGGGCCCAUCUCCAGGCCCGGCCCACUCGAACCCGCAAGCGCGGCCGCACUGCCCCCUUCUCGCCCGCUUCUUCGUCCGUGAAGAGGCCGAGAACUUGCCUCCAGGGGCUCUCUCCCCCCUACCACCCCGCCCCGGCCCACAUGCAUGCCUUCCCCCGCCCCCUCGACACCACCACCGCCACCACCGAGUACGUCGCGCUCCCCCUCCUCUACUGCGCCGCGGCCGCCCCAAAGGCCAGCGGCAUAGAUCUCAACACGGCUGCGGCCGAGGCACAGCCUCAACCGCAGCAGCAGGAUCUCGACCUCCACCUCCACCUCCCGGAGCCGGCGGCCGCGCCGGCGGUGAUCUCGCCCCGGCCGGUGAGGCCGGUGGGGUCGAGCAUAAUCGUGGAGAGCAUCGCGGAAGAUCCGCGGGGCUCGUCCAUGGCGAAGGGGGUGGAGGAGGCGGUGGAGGGGGAGGCGAGGCCGGCGAUCGUGUCGGACGCGGGAAACAAGGUGAGGAUGUGCAAUUCGGCGUACAAGGAGAUGGUGGGGCAGCCGGAGUGCUGCUGGCUGGACGGGGGGAGGAUAGGCGGGGAGGUGUCGCUGAGGUUCCCGGACGCGGAGGCGGGGAGGAGGGCGAGGGAGGCGGCGGCAUUUACGUGCUCGGUGAGGAUAGAGUGGGAGGGACAAGGGAAGAAGAAGAUGUGCGUAAAUGCGUCUUGUAGCGCUGUCAAAUUGGUGUGCCAAACCCAAACUAAAGAUUCCCAGUUUUUGUGGAGGUUUGAUACCGAUAAAUCGCCUAUGUAA